AUGAAUGUAAUACAUGUACAUAUGGUCGGUGGUAUUAUCGGCCUAGUCGCCACCGUCUAUUUAAAACCUCGAAGGAAUCGUUUCAACGAGGACAGUGUGCACCAGAUGAGCUCACCAACCAACGCUCUACUUGGAACAUUCCUUCUCUGGUGGGGAUGGUUUGGCAUCAAUGCCGGCUCGGUAUGGGGUAUCACCAGCGGUCGAUGGAGGCUCGGUGCCAGCUAG